AUGUUCAAUAAAAUCAGAUUUGGUUUCUGCAGCUUAAACAAGGAGCUUGAUAAGUUUCAUACGACAUAUAAUAUAUAUGUUAUUGCUAUGAUUACAACAAUCUCAGGUAUGAUGUUUGGAUUUGAUGUCUCUUCAAUCUCUGCAUUUAUAUCUGAACCAUCCUACAGGCGGUUCUUCAAUUAUCCAAACUCUACGACACAGGGUGCAAUUACUGCAUCCAUGUCUGCAGGGAGCUUCUUGGGUGCAAUAUUAUCAUCUUUUGUAUCAGAAAGAAUUGGGAGAAGAACCUCAUUGCUUUUUUGUGCCAUGUUCUGGGUUUUAGGUUCCAUAAUCCAAUCAUCAUGCAGAAACCUUGGUCAAUUAAUCGCAGGUCGCAUAAUAUCCGGGGUAGGUGUUGGUAUUGGAUCCGCAAUAACCCCAAUAUAUUGUUCAGAAGUAUCUCCUGCCCCUUCUAGAGGUGUUAUUGGAGGUUUAUUUCAAUUAGCUAUCACAUUUGGGAUAUUGAUAAUGUUUUACAUAGGAUAUGGUUGUACAUUUAUUAACGGUCAGGCGUCUUUCAGAUUAGCUUGGGCGCUACAAAUGAUUCCCGGUUUGGUUUUGUUUGCUGGUGUAUUCAUUUUACCUGAGUCACCACGCUGGUUAGCAAACAAUAGUAAGUGGGAGCAAGCAGAAGAAGUGAUUCGAAGAAUUAACGAAAAAGACAAAACAGGAAGAUAUUUGAUUGAAUUAGAGGAGUUGAAGGAAAGUAUCACAAUUCAUAAAUUAUCAAAAGAUAUAGGGUACCUAGAUCUUUUCAGGAAAAAGAACUAUAAAAGUAGUAUUGUUGGUAUUUCGGCUCAAAUCUGGAAUCAGCUUACCGGAAUGAACGUGAUGAUGUAUUAUAUAGUCUAUAUCUUUGAAAUGGUGGGAUAUACUGGAAAUACAGUUUUAGUUAGUUCAAGUAUCCAAUAUGUUAUCAAUUUUGGCGUGACUUUAAUAGCUUUGCCUUUAUCUGAUUAUGUUGGAAGAAGAAGACUAAUGCUAAUCGGUGGUGUACUAAUGAUGGCAUGGCUAUUUGCUGUUGGUGGACUCUUUGCAGCCUAUUCUGAAAAGGUAGAAAACGUCACCAGUGACGCAACCGUGGUUGUUACUAUCCCCGAAGAACAUCGAAAUAUUGGAAAAGCCAUUGUUGCUUGCUCUUAUUUAUUCGUUGCCACCUUCGCUAGUACGUGGGCAGUAUGUUCAUGGUGUUAUUUUUCUGAAGUGCUCCCAACUAGGACAAGAUCAAAAGCAGGACUGUUAGCAGUUGCAAGUGACUGGGCAAUAAAUUUUGCCAUAGCUCUUUUUACUUCUUCAGCAUUUAGAAAUAUUACUUGGAAAACUUACUUUGUUUUUGGAACAUUCUGCGGCGCUAUGACCGUUCAUACCUUCCUUUCAUACCCUGAAACUCGUAUGAAAACGCUAGAAGAAAUUGAUAUGACUUUCCAAAAUUGUAUCCCACCAUGGAGGUCCGCGGGAGUUACUAUUCAAAGUCUUGACGGUUAUUUAAGUGAUUCUAAGGAAAAUAACGUAACGCAUGUCGAACAAGUGGAAUCAAAUAGCAUAAGUAAGUAG